AUGGCAGUCUUGCGAGUGACGUUCACCAAGACCAAGAGGGACAAGCUGGCCCAGGUGCUGUGGAUCCUCAACUGGAUUUCAGUGGUGACAGGGGCUAUACUGUUCAGCCUGGGGUUGUUCCUCAAGGUGGAGAUAAACAAGCGAGGGGAGCUGAUGGCCGAGAGGGACAUCCAGUAUGUGCCCAACAUGCUGAUAGCUGUGGGUCUCAUGGCUUGUGCCAUCAACUUCCUGGGGGGCAAGAUCUGCUACGACUGCGUGGAUACCACCAAGUUCUUACGCUGGAAGUUGAUCAUGCUGCCCUACAUUAUAUUUACCUUCUUUUUCACUUUCUGCGUGCUGGUGGGGGCUCUCAUGUGUUACACCAUGCGCGGGGAGCUAGAUGAGUCUCUAAACCUGGGGCUGACUGAGGCCAUGAGGUACUAUAAGGACACGGACACACCAGGACGAUGCUUCCUGAAGCGCACUGUGGACAUGUUGCAGAUAGAUUUCCAAUGCUGUGGCAACAACGGUUAUAAAGACUGGUUUCAAAUACAGUGGAUCAGCAGCCGCUACCUGGAUAUGUCCCAAAAAGAGGUGAUGGACCGAUUGAGGAGUAACGUGGAGGGGAAGUACCUGAUGGAUGGCGUCCCCUUCAGCUGCUGCAACAGCAACUCCCCGCGGCCGUGCAUCCAGCGGCAUAUAACUAAUAACUCUGCUCACUUCAACUAUGAACACCAGACAGAGGAGCUGAACCUGUGGAUGAAAGGGUGUCGCCAGGCACUGCUGGAGUACUACACCCAUAUCAUGCAGUCCAUUGGCCUCACAGUCCUCAUCACCUGGCUGUUUGAGCUGUCGGUGUUGACGGGGGUUCGUUACCUCCAGACCUCCCUGGAAAAUGUGCUGAGGCAAGGAGACCCUGAGUCUGAGUCUGACGGCUGGCUGCUGGAGAACAGCUUCAUGGAGACGGCCCGCACCAACCUGAACAUCAUCAAAAGCCUCAGCAAGAACAACCACAUAGACACAUCCGACAAUGGAGACCCCAACAUUAAUGUUCCCUCCACUUCCAAAGCACACUAUGGGCCAGACAACGUACCGCCCAAGCAAAUGCCUGUAACCAGCUGA